AUGUCGCCCUCCAUGGCCCUCAGGGUAGCCUGGACGGUGCUUUCCUCGACAGCGAUCCCAGCGUCGUGGUUGGUGCUUGUGCCGUUCUCAAAGGCUACGGGUUACUGGUGGGGGCAAAUGCUCUUCGGAGCCACGAUCACUGUCAUGGAAGUGAUGUUUGUUCUCGGCAUGAUCUGGGAUAUGCAUCCUUCGGAUAUGCCUCGAGCUUUUUGCGUUGCCCAGGCCUUUAUGCUCCACGUUGGGACCUUUAUGCUCAGCGGUGUCUGCGCCUGUCUCGCGCUUUCCACGUAUUCUACAGUUUUCAACCUCAAGAAAGGACCCUUGAGUCACCGACGGAAUCCCCUGGAGUGGAAGAAUAUAUAUCUUAUCUUCGUUGGCAUCUGGCCAUUAAUGGGCACCGUCGCUUUCGUCAUCAUCUCGGCCAAAGUACACGCUAUUAAGGCUAUCGACGGUCUAACAUGCGACAUCACCCAUCCUCUCUGGCCUCGUAUGUUCGGCUUUGCGGGCGCACCUUUCCUUCUUUCCCUGCCAUGUCUCGGGUUAUCUAUCGUCACCGCAUGCAGACUCAUCAAAGUCUCGAGGUCAUGUCCUCUCGCUCGCUCGGACCCUCGUAAACGUAUAUCUUGGCUAUCACGAGUGUCUAUGAAUGUGGGAGGAGCUACGGACCCCAAACUACCCACACGUGCUGCCCGCCGCAAGCGCCUCUCCAACCUGGGACUACCGUCACAUAUGGGAGUCGAGAAGAACCGAGUUCAGGACGUCGAACACCGCAGGCUCAGCAGGCUAUCCAUUACCAAGUCUAUCACCAGCUCCAUGCUAGAUUCUCUUGCGCAGACACAAACUAAUGAGACUCCCCAUGCAUCUCCCGGCGACGCGCACGCAUCCUUACCACCGUCUCCCUCAUCUUCAUCCGUACAUAGUCGCUCAGAGACGCCCUCGCCCAUCAUCUUUGCCGCGGUGCGGUACAACCCGCAGAACCCGCUUCUUCCGCCUGAGCCCAUGGCGCCCAUACACAACUUGUCGUUUGAUCCUGGUGCUGCCAUAGAACGGGGAGACGACAUCUUCGGGCCUUUACCCCCGCUACCCAUAUCGCCCGGCUCGGCAUCUCGAGAACGCACAUCUCUUGAGUUGCAAGAUGCGACGGUGCAUGGUUUUCACCUCCCACGACGACCCAGUACAGGUGCACCAUCGUUACCAACGAGAGUCACCAUCCGAGAUAUGGUGGACAUCGACUCGAAGUGGACGAUACAGGAGGAGGACGAGACGGAUAAGGAUGUUCACGAUCCGCCAGACGAGCCGCCAAAGUGUGUGGUGCACCGUGUGCUUGGGCGACCUCCAGCGUUUGGCGAGGAGGGGCGCAUUGGGAUUAUGGGGCUUGAGGACGACCCCGACGUUGAGACGGCGCAUCUGCCGCCAUUAUUUACCGGCCUCAAAGGCGGUGUGAGUUUCCUAGGCUCGCCCGAACUCGCAAGCGCAUUAUGGCGCAUCAUCCUUUUCCAGAUUGCUUUCAGCUCUAUCACUUUGCUCUUCGGUCUCACUACAUGGAUAGAUCUGGCGAAUCACCCUGAUAAGCCUUCUCCGUUCGGAACACACCAUGUUGCUCUGGUCCUCGCCGGUUGGGGACCUUUCUUUGUAUUUGGCCACAUACCCGCUGUGCGGAAUGAGAUCCUUCGCUGCAUAGGUUUGAGAUAA